AUGUUCUCCAGAACUGGAAUUCUCGUCUCUUGCUUUUUCAUCGCCACUUCGGGCUUCAACGUCCGCUCGUCGGCGAAGAACACGAUCCAAGAUGCUCAUGAGCAGCUGACCAAGAAAAUCAAAUGUUGGGAGCCGAUCGAGGAGAACUUCGCUGGAAAUCAUUUCUCCGGAGAGCAUCGACUCAGUGAGAGAAUCUACGAUCUGUGCUCCUACAUGCCGGACUCAAAGGACUCAAACAAAGGAUACGUAAAUGGAGUGGACACGACUGGUGACGACUACACCAACGUCCUCAACAUCUUCCACACCGCCGGACAAGGAUACGCAAUGCUCAAUGUUUGUCUCCAGGAGGCUCUCCAAAUCGGACGCUCAACCCAGGUCGCGAUGAGGUGUAUGUGCAAGAGAGAUGGCUGCAACCUGCCAAAGGGACUCACAACAUUCCUGGACUACAAUAAGCUCCCAAUGCCAGUAACAUCGUUCUAA